AUGUCACAGAAUCGGCCCGGGGUGUUCUCGAGUUUGCGCAUCGGUGAGGUCGUCCGCGAGAAAGUCCAGGAUGGACUCACCGGGGAAACCAAGGAGAUCUCCUACUCACAAUGCAAAAUCGUCGGCAAUGGAUCAUUUGGUGUCGUCUUCCAGACCAAGAUGAUGCCAAGCGGCGAGGACGCUGCCAUCAAGAGGGUUCUUCAAGACAAGCGGUUCAAAAACCGCGAGCUACAAAUCAUGCGGAUCGUGCGCCACCCUAACAUCGUUGAGCUCAAAGCUUUCUACUAUUCUAACGGCGAAAGGAAGGACGAAGUUUACCUCAACCUCGUCUUAGAAUAUGUACCGGAAACGGUGUAUCGGGCGUCACGCUAUUUCAACAAGCUGAAGACGACAAUGCCGAUGCUAGAGGUCAAGCUAUACAUUUACCAACUUUUCCGCUCCUUGGCCUAUAUCCAUUCCCAGGGCAUCUGUCAUCGAGAUAUCAAGCCGCAAAACCUCCUCCUGGAUCCGAGCACCGGCAUUCUGAAGCUUUGCGAUUUUGGUUCCGCGAAGAUUCUCGUCGAAAAUGAGCCGAACGUCUCGUACAUUUGCUCUCGCUACUAUAGAGCACCAGAGUUAAUUUUCGGCGCGACGAAUUACACCACAAAGAUCGAUGUGUGGUCCACUGGUUGCGUUAUGGCCGAGUUGAUGCUCGGACAGCCCCUUUUCCCUGGAGAGUCAGGGAUUGACCAAUUGGUGGAGAUUAUCAAAGUUUUGGGAACACCAACGCGAGAGCAGAUCCGAACCAUGAACCCCAACUACAUGGAACACAAAUUUCCCCAGAUCAAGCCCCACCCGUUCAACAAGGUCUUCCGGAGGGCACCUCACGAGGCCAUUGAUUUGAUCUCCGCCUUGCUUGAAUACACCCCUACGCAACGUCUUUCAGCUAUUGAGGCGAUGUGCCACCCAUUCUUUGACGAGCUCCGAGAUCCCAACACUCGGCUUCCCGAUUCACGACACCCCAGCGGCUCAACAAGGGACCUCCCAAAUCUCUUCGAUUUUUCCAGACAUGAGCUUUCCAUUGCCCCCGGAAUAAACAAUCGGCUGGUUCCUCCUCAUGCGCGCCCUGCUCUUGAGGCCCGUGGAUUGGAUAUCAACAAUUUUAAACCGCUCUCUAAGGAAGAAAUGCUCGCACGCCUGGACUGA